AUGGAUCAUGUCUUCUCAAUGGAGGAGAUCCUCGGACUCUUUUGGGACCUGCCACCAUCACCACCACCAGAGCAGCAGCCUCUGGUGACUGGCACCGGCAGUGUCGUCAUAGAUGGUGUUGUUACUCAAGGUGGUGAUGGGGAGGGUGGUGACAUGAUGAAUCAGAACACCACGGAGUGGACCUUUGAGAGGUUACUAGAAGAGGAGCUUCUAACUGACACAACGCCAGUGGCAAACUCUAGUUGCCCAGCCCUAAAUGUUGACCCGGUGGUGGAGGUGGACCAGGGAGCGAUGGCGCCUGCGGCGGUGAGUGACGUAGGUGAUCCCAUGGAGUACAAUGCCAUACCGAAGAGGAAGUUGGAGGAGGACCUCAUGGCCUUCAAAGUGUGGAGGGCCUCUAGUAGUGGUGUGAACUCAGAACGUUCUCAAAGCUCAAACAAUCAAAAUGGAGGUAGCAAGAAUCUGAUGCAGAACAAGCUCAACAAUGGUGAAGAUCCAAUCAAUGAUCAUGCUCAAAAUGCAGAUCUUCGUGUGAGGCUUGCUACUAGCUCUUCCUCAAGGGAUCCUUCACCAUCAGAUGAGGAUAUGGAUGGUGAAGUAGAGAUUCUGGGAUUUAAGAUGCCUACUGAGGAAAGAGUGAGGAAAAGAAAGGAAUCUAAUAGAGAAUCAGCCAGACGCUCAAGAUAUAGAAAAGCCGCUCACUUGAAGGAUCUGGAGGACCAGGUAGAAAAAUUAAAAGCUGAGAAUUCUUGUUUGCUGAGGCGCCUUGCUGCUAUGAACCAAAAGUACACUGAAGCUAAUGUUGACAACAGGGUACUGAAAGCAGACAUGGAGACCCUAAGAGCUAAGGUGAAGAUGGGAGAGGACUCCCUAAAGCGGGUCAUAGAGAUGAGCUCACUGACCUCCAUACCCAUUCCAGAGCUUCCCAGCUCUGAUGUUCCAGUGCCUAUCCAAGACGACAUCAUCAACUAUUUCACUACCACCCCAGCAGACGAUGCUUUGGUUGACAACAGCUUCAUGCCCAUGCCAGACCCAUUGCAAUUGCAACUGCAAGCUGAAGAGCCAACCAUCAAUGGAACUCUGAAUACCACAGAGAUAAACCAAAUCGCUACGCUUUGCGCGGGGGCCAUGGAGCUUAUCCAGGAGACAAUGGGAGCCAUGCCGACCUCCUCCGGAUCUACUCUGCUGGAACCUGAGCUGUUGGGUCCAAACGAGACCAUAAACAUGCAUAUGUAUUAG